CGCGCAUAUGCGCAAUCCAUCUGCCAGCAUGUCCGUCCUCCGCUCUCGUCUCUGGCAUGAGACAAAGCACGCCUUCAAAUUGGCCAGCCCAGGCCGCACCUUUAAGCUGCGUCUCCAUGUUUAGCUGGCGCAUGAGAAAGUCAGCCGCGUAUUUCGGGCAUUUGGGUUGAGGCCCAUUGAGUAGCACGAACCAGUUGUCGCGGCCCAGCUGACGAGCUGAUGCCCGAAUGUCGCGUCUUCGACUUGGGACGACUUUCCAAGGUGCCACAGGUGUUGGGUUCUCCACCCAGUCAUGGCCACACCACUACCGGACGGACUUCUGCGGCACGUGAUGAGAUUGUUGCUCUGGAAGCAAAGUUAACGGGUGAUCUCGAGGCUAUCAUGCGAGAGCACAACCUCAAGACUGCUGCGAUGCUUGCAUCAAAGUCACGGAUGGAGACGGCGAUCUGCCAGGAGAACAACAUUAGUGCUGACCCUCCAGUGGUUUCAACACCUGUCACAAGUGUGUUGAUCGCAGCCACACCCCCUUCGAGUCCACUGCCCGCGGUUUGUGUCUUGGAGUCUUUGAACUCUGGCAGAACUCCGUCCGCUAGUGGCCAAGACUGGGUGGAGAACCCAACACCUGUGGCACCGUGGAAAGUCGUCCCAAGUCGACGACGCGACAUUCGGGCAUCAGCUCGUCAGCUGGGCCGCGACAACUGGUUCGUGCUACUCAAUGGGCCUCAACCCAAAUGCCCGAAAUACGCGGCUGACUUGCUCAUGCGCCAGCUAAACAUGGAGACGCAGCUUAAAGGUGCGGCCUGGGCUGGCCAAUUUGGAGGCGUGCUUUGUCUCAUACCAGAGACGAGAGCGGACCGAGACACGCCAGAAACGAGAGCGAACCGAGACAUGAUCAUGGCCUCGUUCGCUCGCUCCAAACGCCUGGGGGCCAUGAUCAAACCAGUUCUACGCAAGUACAAAAGUCCUUCUGAAUUGUGGCAGGAGCAAGUUGAAAGCAACAUGCCACUCGUGCAUCGUCUCUGACGCGUACACGAGAUCUGCAGUCAGAUGUUGGCCCAUCUGCUCCGGAGCUUGCAACGUAUUUGAGCACACCCAACUCGGUCGAGGAAUCGACGCGCUCAAUUGCAGCGAACCCAGACUUGGUCUCGGAGACACAGUCCCCCCUCGCCACCCAGCCCUCUGGAUGACGAUGGGCGAUCUGAAGCCAAAAACCAAUUGAGUG